AUGAUUGACGAGGACGCAAAGUAUUUUUGCUUGAGUGGCGAUAUCCCUGUUGGCGGGCCAAGUACUUGGCAAGUCGUCGACUGGGAUCGGAGACAUGUAGUUUCCGUGACUAUGGACGGGGAGCAGGACGACGAUGAUCUUGCCAUUGAACAUUACAGUCGUCUUAAUCAUCAGAUAUCGCCCGAGACUUACCGGAUCUACGUGUCUGAAAGUGCUGAGAUUAUCUCGACACAUGAUGAUGCAAAAGACGAUGUGAACUACUGCAUACACUAUCCAUCCCUGCAAGAUGCUCAUCUCCCAUAG